AAUAAUCAGAGGACUCCAAGGAGUCUGUGUUAAGAGCUUGGAGUUCAGUAGCAGCCUUUAGUAAGCACCAUGAACGUAAGAAUAUUCACACAGCAUACACAUAUCUGUAACAGCAGCAGCUUCCCCGUGCCAAGGGUUCAGCUGGAAUGAAGACUGCUCUUCAGUGCUGGGGUAUUCUCUCCCCUGCUCUUGUGCGACUGAGCUGAUAACGCGCUAUCAGAGCUAGCAGGACACUAUAUAGAGGGUGUCCCUUCUCCACCCUCACCAAGUCGGCAACAGUGUGCUCUUUCUGGAACAUCUCAUUGUUUUCUCCGUUGCUGCUUCUUUUUGGCUUGCUGACACCAGAAGGAGUUCCCUGAGAUUUUCUCCAAACGGACUUCAUACCCCACCCACAGGACUGCACCAUAAACAGGUUUCUGCUUUGUGCUCCAAACUUCUUGUGAAAAAUGAACGGCCCAGCAGAUACUUCAAGCCUGCUCUUCAAUUGCACAAACCAAUCAAUUUUUUCUUUGAAAACUUCAGAGCAAUGUGGCAAAGAAACACAUCUGGAGAACAUCUUUUUUGCCACUUUCUAUUUCCUGGACUUCAUCCUGGCUUUUGUUGGCAAUGCCCUAGCUCUUUGGCUUUUUGUCCGGGACCAGAAGUCAGGCACACCUGCCAACAUUUUCCUGAUGCAUCUUGCUGUGGCUGACCUAUCCUUUGUGCUAGUACUUCCCACCCGGUUGGUGUAUCAUUUUUCUGGUAAUCACUGGCCAUUUGGUGAAAUCCCAUGCAGACUCACGGGCUUCCUUUUUUACCUCAAUAUGUAUGCCAGUAUCUACUUCCUUAUGUGUAUCAGUGUUGACCGUUUCUUAGCCAUUGUGCACCCUGUGAAGUCUAUCAAGCUCCGCAGGUCUCUCUAUGCCCAUUUGGCAUGUGCCUUUCUAUGGGUUAUUGUUGCUGUUGCAAUGGCACCUCUGCUGAUCAGUGUGCAGACAACAGAGGUGAACAACACAACAGUCUGCCUGCAGCUCUACAGAGAAAAGGCAUCACGCCAUGCUCUUGUGUCCUUAGCAGUGGCAUUCACCCUCCCAUUUGUUACUACAGUGACUUGCUACUUAUUAAUCAUCCGAAGCCUGAAGAGUGGGAACAGAGUCGAGAAACACCUAAAGGAAAAGGCUAUCAAAAUGAUUAUCAUGGUCCUAGUCAUUUUUCUGAUCUGCUUUGUACCUUAUCAUGUCAAUCGCUACAUUUAUAUUCUCCAUUAUGAUGGGACCAAGACUUCCUGUGAGACGCAGCGUAUUCUAGCACUCAGUAACCGCGUUACUUCCUGCCUCACCAGUCUAAAUGGUGCUCUUGACCCAGUCAUGUAUUUUUUUGUAGCAGAGAAAUUCCGAGAGGCUCUGUGCAAUCUGUUUUGUGGUAAAAGGACUGUAAUGGUGCCUCAAACUUACGAGGGUAAGACAAAUGAAAGCUCACUAAGCGCCAAAUCUGAACUGUGAGCAUAAUUCUUGCCACUGCUUCCACGUAAGAACACUCUUCCACCAAAAUCAACCAAGAGAGCAAGUGUGCAGCUAUACAGACAAGAGACAGCCCAUCCAGAGUCAAACUCAUUCCUGAGGAGGGAAGUUCUGUCAUUUUGGGGGCAUAACAAUUAGGAAGAAUGCCUCUGACAACAAAGAUCACAUGGUCUUGUCCUAUUGAAACUGCAAACAGAAGCACAAUAACAGCCAAACUGAUUUCAAAGACCUAACACUGCUGGCUGGAUACUGAAGAAUUGGGAAGGGAACAAAGAAGCACUUAAACGGACAGCUUGUUCUUAGAAAUAAAAUUCACCCCCUAGAAAUAUUAAAUAAUGACUCUGUCUCUGCAUAAAGCAUACUUUAAAAUUUUGUAUCAUGCCAGCACUAGAGAUCCAUUCCUGAGGUACCCUGCCUCAACAGAUAGCAUAGUUGAACCUCUAGUUCAGUUCAGCAAAUUCAAAGCAUUUAUACACCGUAGACAGAAAAUUGGUGCUAAAUUGUGGCAAGGAGAAGGGAAAAAAAAAAAAAAAAAAAAAAAGUGCACCCAACCAGGACCAGAAUUAAGAUAGGAGUCAUAACCAUUAGACUGCUUGCCAGCAUUUAUUGCUGGAGAUGAGCAACAAACAUCACACUACCUUUUCUAUCUGUCCUUUGCCAUGGCCUGAAGGCUUUUUGCAGACAGAAGCCAGGCAACCUUCACUACAGAGCCUCUUUUAGGUAGUUCCUGCAAUAUAUCAGAGAUCCUGAUAACCAUCAAGAAAGAAUGGAAAAGGGCUGCUUGGGAAUACAACAUUCAUCGUUACUACAUAGAGAAUCAUAAAAUUCUGAACUCCUGUUUUAAAAAACUGCAAAGGAGAAAAGUCAGUAUAUGAAGAAGUGAAGCCCAAUUUGCCCAAAACAGAUUCCUCUCCUUGAGGUGUUUUAUAAUUAUGUAAUUUCUGUGACUUUAUCUGCAGUAAAUUCAUAGUCUUGCUAAAUGAGUAGGUUAGAGAUUAUCUUAACUAUCCUCACCGAUACAAAUUACAUCUAGUGAAAUACAUCUGUGAAUAACGGCCUCACUAGGGAAGAUCAUGUGGUAUUAUGAGUAAUGGGAAGAAGAUCUCAAGAGUUUCCAAUAAUAUCUUCUAGAAGAAUACUUCUAUGCUACGGAGAUAGAUGUUACUAGAAAUCAGAAUAGCUGGGUUAUAUCUUUUAUGUAUAGAUACACAUAUGCAUGUGCACAAAUCCCUUUUCUAUGUUUUAGGAAUGAGAUCCUUACCUUUCAAGUCUGGUCUGUAAAUUACAAAGUCAAACAUACUUUAUCUUGCUAGCAUUGCUGCAAUCCAGGCUGCUUUCCCCAGAAAGCACCCCAGGAACCGCCCUAAGUGCUAUUAAAACAGCCCAAUCUAAAAAGCUUAGGUGUCAAAAUAAAAUUUAUUAAGGCCACUUCUAAAAUCCAAGGUACAGAAGUUGCAUGCAAAAUUGAACAGAAAAGGGAGAUAGAAAGGGCAACCUGCUGGACAGGGUACUAGUAUAUAACCUUUCCUUUUCCUUCCUGUCCCUUUUCACCAUUCAGUGAGAAUAUAGAUGCCAGGACACUAGUAAGCUUUGCUCAAGAUCUAAGAAGGCCUGAAGUUAACUAUGAAUCAUGCAAUACUGAAUGCUAACUGCUGGAUUGUUUUAUUUUCUUAUCAUGAUGUGCUUUUUACAAGUAUCCUUUUAUGUUUUUAAUUACU